GUCCAGUUCAGGGUUCCAGUGAGUGCAGACUGGAAGGAAACGCCACUCCACUGGGUGGCAUUUUUAGCGAUAAGAACAGAAGAAAGGUGACAGAGCUCGUCAGUUGAACUGCCCCAUAACUCAUCCAGAUCCUUAUUAAAGAAUGUCGAGGUUUCUAUAAGAACUAACGACACGAGCUCUUUUAAGUUUGCGGCCCGCAUUUUUCAACCGCGAAUCGUGCGCACGUAGAAGUGUUGGCUUCUUGUUGUGACACAAUACGCGCUGUGGUUUCUUCUUCUUUUACUGUAAGCGGCGGACGGGAAAUUCGGCGUUUCGUUUUUUUUUAAGCAGGUUACCUUCCUUUUCCCUUCAGGCUCCUCCCUCUCGGACUGGAACGCCUCUUCGGCCCCAGCGGAGCGGAGCCCAACACCGCUACGGCGUGCCGCGGAGAGUCGAGCUGCUCUGCAGAGCAAUGGGAGCCGAUUUAGGGACGACGCUUCUGUGUACCCUGAUGUUAUGUUCAGCUGUACUUGCCGCUGUGCCUGAACCACAAAAUGUGACCAUGCAUUCUGUUAACUUAGGGGCCAUUCUGGAAUGGGAGUCCCCCAACUUAGACGGGACGGUGACCUACACAGCUGAGGUGGCCAGGUCUUUCAACAAAGAAUACCUACCCAAGUGCAUACUGACCAACGAGACAAGAUGUGAUUUCACAGCCCUUAUAAACUCAUUUGAUCUCUUUGACUUUCGUGUGAAAUCUCAUUACAAAGGAGAGGAGUCGCCCUGGGUGUAUAUUCAGGAUUUUGAUGCCGAUAGAGACACAAAAGUUGGGCCUCCUUCUAACAUUUCAGUCCAAAGUAUUUUGGGAAAAAUUAAUGUAGACAUUUCAGAUCCAGUACUAAAACUAAAGGACAAGCAGUUAAGUGAGAUUUACUUUGGCAUCUCCUAUAAUGUGAUGUACUGGAAGAAGAAUGAAACAGGAAAGAUGAAGAAUGUAAAGAGCUCCAUCAGACAUGUGGUCCUUGAAGAGGUGGAUCGCUGGACCUUUUAUUGCAUUCAAGUUAACAUUGAAAUCCUUAAUAUUGGAAAGAUCGGCCAGACAAGUGAGCCAGUCUGCAUACACAACGACUCUCCUGCUCUCCUUGCCACUGUGCCUGAACCACAAAAUGUGACAAUGAAUUCUUUUAACUUUGGAGCUGUUCUGGAAUGGGAGUCCCCCAACUUAGACGGGCCAGUGACCUACACGGCCGAGGGGACCAAGGGGGCCAUGGGGACCAGGUCUUUAUUAGAAUAUCUACCCAUGUGCACAAUGAUCAACGAGACCAGAUGUGAUUUCACAGCCUUUAUAACGUCGUUCGGUGUGUUUGACUUCCGUGUGAGAUCUCACUACAAAGGAGAGGAGUCGCCCUGGGUGUAUUUGAAGGGUUUUGCUCCUGAUCGAGACACAAAAAUUGGGCCUCCAUCCAAUAUUUCAGGCCAAAGUAUUUUGGGAAAGAUUAAUGUAAACAUUUCAGAUCCAGUGUUGAAACUGAAUGACGUGACAUUAAGUGAUAUUUACAAUGGCAUUUUAUAUAAUGUGACAUAUUGGAAGAAAGAUGACAUGGGAAAGAUGAAUAAUGUGGAGAGCCCCACCACGCAUGUGGUUCUUGAAGAUGUGGAAGCCUGGGCUAUUUAUUGCAUUCAAGUUAACAUUGAAAUCCCUGCUAUGGCUAAGAUUGGCCAGACAAGUGAACCAGUCUGCUUUCAAAAUGACACUCCUGCUGCAGUUGACACUGUGCCAGUGCCACAAAAUGUGUUCCUGAAUUCUGUUAACUUUGAGGUUAUUCUGGAAUGGGAGCCCCCUGACUUAGCUGGGCAAGUGACGUACACAGCCGAGAUGGCCAGGUCUUUCAAUCAAGAGUAUCUACCUGUAUGCACAAUGAUCAACGACACAAAAUGUGAUUUCACAUCCUUUAUAAGUGCGUUUGGUAGCUUGAUAUUCCGUGUGAAAUCUCACUACAAAGAUGAAGAGUCUCCUUGGGUGUAUACAGAGGAUUUUACUGCAGAUAGAGACACAAUAAUUGGACCUCCUUCAAACAUUACAGCCCAAAGCGUUUUGGGAAAAAUAAUUCUAUACAUUUCAAAUCCAGUGGUAAAGUUGCAGAACAAGCAAUUAAGUGAUAUUUACAGUGACAUUUCGUAUAAUGUGAUGUAUUGGAAGAAAAAUGAAAAAGAAAAAAUGAAGAUUGUGAAGAGCCGCAUGACUCAUAUGGUACUUGAAGAUAUGGAUGCCUGGGCAAGUUAUUGCAUACAAGUUAAUGUUGAAGUCAGUGAUUUUGGAAAGAUCGGCCAGACAAGUCAACCAGUCUGCAUGCAGAAUGACACUCUUGGCCCAACGCCUCACUGGAUGAUUGCAGUUAUUCUCAUUGGUACCUUGAUUGCUGUGUUCUUUAUUUUGGUUGGUCUAUUUUUUGCUGUGACCUUCAUCUAUAAAAAGUUUACCUUCGUCUUUCCGUCAUGUAAAAUCCCGGAACAUUUUAAACAGAUGUUGACUGAUAAUUCCAAGGAGUAUGUGAUCUUUUCUGCCAGUGACACCUUAGACCCUGAGGUAUGCAGCACCAUCACCAUCGUCACAGCUGAAGACUCCUUUCUCCUCCAAGAAAAGACUCAGUAUGGAAAUGUACAUAUUUAAACAUUUUUAACUUGUAAAGACUUAGAAAGUGGAUGGAUCCGCGGCACACAGUGUGAAAUUCCUGCACUCUGGCAGCUGCCUGGCUGCACACCUUAACACACAUGUGAGUGAUGAUGAUGAUGAUGAUGAUCCUUGGGGCUAUUGUGUCAGGGAACUGAACGUUGUAAGUCAAAACCUCUGCCCCUGUUUUUGUCAGAUAUUUUAUUUUUUAUAAAAUGUUUCCUUUUCA